AUGGCCCAUCUUACCCAUCCUUGGGUGGCACUACGGCGGCCGCGGAAUCUCAAGAGGCAAAGGUGGAUCGCUGGUGUCGGCCUUACAGGAGGUGUGCGGCAGCACUGCAGUUGUGGGAAGCCACAUUCUCGAAAUCUUGAUCUGUGUCUUCUAUUCCCUCGACACAGAUUCGGUUCCAGCCGUUUCAACACCGUGUUUCUGCUGUUGUUCCGACUAUUUUACCACGCGUCUUCCUUUGAAGUCGCCCAUAACGGUUACGCCCAGAGACUCUACCUGCCACUUCUACAAGAGGCCGUCUCGAAGCCUUAUGAGGAAGAAGUCGGCAACGGAAAGUCCCUUGUCGUCCCCGCCAAUCAAGGCCUGCCCAACUCGUUCAAGACCUUCGAACGCUUCUCGACCAAAGCGUGGUUAGAGACGUUGCUCCAAGACCCCGCCGAACACAAGAAUCUCAAGGUCAAUUCGAUCACGUGGAUCAAGGCUCUUGCCUCGCCGUUUUCUCACGAAUUCAUCCAGUUCAUUGUCGAGGACUCGGUGAGUGGUCAACGUACACGGGUCGCUGCUGGCCGAGAAGAAACCGGAGACUGGGUCCUCGUUGGCUGGAAUUGGGCUUCCGGAAACACACCCUCCGAUCACUACAAACUGCCGCUGCCACUCCUAACAGUCACUUUUGAUGAUGUCGACAAGCGACCGGAUUUACAAUCGCUUGCUCACGUGCUAUCCGCAACCACCGAGAAACACCCUGCUUAUAAAUUUCGCAGAGAAAUGUGCUGGUGGUAUGCCGAGACUGUGUUGGAGGUGAUGCACGAGCAAUUCGGAGGGAAGGUAAAGGAGUGGGAGUGGUCGAGGUAUCGGUAUUCGUUCAUCGUCAAGACCAGCUUCAUCAGGCGCAAGGUCUUGACCAAGCAUGCGGAGCUGUUUAAGCGGCAGCUGGCUGAAGAGAUGAGUUAUUAG